AGGAAGAGGAGGAGGAAGAGGAGGAGGAGUCUGGACAGCGUGGAUGAAGAUAAAAGCACAGGCAGACUGAAGAUGUAGAGAAGCUGCUGCUGCUGAGUGGAGAAAAUAUCUCACCAUGGGUAACUGGAUUAUCAACAAUGGACUUACGUCCUUCAUACUGGUGGUCUGGAUGGGAAUCAACCUCUUCCUCUUCCUCUGGUUUUACUUCUUCUACGAUUUAGGAGAUCAGUAUUUCUACACACGUCAUCUUUUAGGGUCUGCGUUGGCAUGGGCCAGAGCUCCGGCGGCCGUCCUCAACUUUAACUGCCUGCUGAUCCUGCUGCCGGUGUGCAGGAACCUGCUGUCGCUGCUGCGCGGCUCCUUCGUGUGUUGCGGCAGAACGAUGAGGAAACAACUGGACAAAAAUCUGAGUUUCCACAAGCAGGUGGCGUACAUGAUAGCGCUGAUGACAGCGGUUCAUCUGAUCGCCCAUCUGUUGAACGUGGAGUGGUACAACAACAGCAGACGAGGAGUUUAUGAUAAACUCAGCCUCGCUCUGUCCAACCUGCCGGACGAAGGAAACACCACCUACCUGAACCCCAUCCGCAGUAUGGACGUGUCGGCGCAGCAGACUCCCACCUACUUCGUCUUCACCACCAUCGCCGGCCUCACGGGGGUCAUCAUCACGCUGGCCCUCAUCCUCAUCAUCACCUCCUCCAUGGAGGUCAUCAGACGCAGCUACUUUGAGGUCUUCUGGUACACCCACCACCUCUUCGUCAUCUUCUUCGCCGGUCUCGUGUUCCACGGAGCCGGGUUCAUCGUGAGAAAACAACUGACAACAGAUCCACCGCACAAUUUCACCCUGUGUAAAGACCGCAGUGAUGACUGGGGACGGAUUCCUGAGUGUCCCGUCCCUCAGUUCGGAGGAGGGCCUGCACAGACCUGGUGGUGGGUGAUCGGUCCAAUGAUUCUGUACAUCUGUGAGCGUAUGCUGCGUUUCAUCCGUUACAUGCAGAGAGUCUCAUACAGGAAGAUCGUGAUGCAUCCGUCCAAGGUGCUGGAGCUGCAGCUGGUGAAGGACGGUUUCCACAUGGAGGUGGGUCAGUACGUCUUCCUCAACUGCCCCGCCAUCUCCCAGCUGGAGUGGCACCCGUUCACCAUGACCUCCGCCCCAGAGGAGGACUUCUUCAGCGUGCACAUCCGCUCGGCCGGGGACUGGACCGACAAACUCAUCGACAUCAUGCAGAAGCUGCCGGAGGGAGAGCAGGGACCCAAAAUGGGAGUGGACGGACCUUUCGGCACAGCCAGCGAAGACGUCUUCGACUACGAGGUCAGCAUGCUGGUCGGAGCCGGCAUCGGGGUCACCCCCUUUGCCUCCAUCCUCAAGUCCAUCUGGUACAAGUUCAAAAUCUCCAACCCUAAACUGCGCACCAGAAAGAUCUACUUCUACUGGCUCUGCCGGGAAACGCACGCCUUCGAGUGGUUCGCCGACCUGCUGCAGGGGCUGGAGAAAGAGAUGGAGGAGCGAGGGAUGGUGGAUUUCCUCACCUACAAGCUCUUCCUGACCGGCUGGGAUCAGGACCUUCGGUAUACUGAAGGGAUUAACUUUGACAAGGACACGGACGUGGUCACCGGGCUCAAACAGAAGACCAACUAUGGCCGACCCGUCUGGGACAAAGAGUUCGAACAGGUCCGCAAAGAGAACCCCACGUCCGUGGUGGGAACUUUCCUGUGCGGCCCUGCAGUUCUCGCUACAGUGUUAGGCAAGAAAUGCGCCAAAUACUCCGACGUGGAUCCCCGGAAGACCAAGUUUUACUUCAACAAGGAGAAUUUCUGAGUGGAAAAAAACAGGAAAAGCAGCAUUUGGGCUUUUCUUUGGAAGGUCAACAAUUUGGUGGAAAGUUUUCUUUCACGGUGGAUAAUUGUUUCUGCUAAUAGACUGAUAAAGGAGGCAGGGCGUGUGGUUUUAUCAGCACUACUCGGGAAACAUGAGUCAUGGCACCAUAACCAACUAUGACUCAUGGUUUUGUACUAUCAAUUACUGUCAGAUGUUCCCAUCAUUGAUCAAUAAUUAUAAGCGAUUGUGGUGAAGCUGUUCCUGAUGGACUCUGAAGUAUUUUACUGUUUUACUGUCGCGUCAUGUGGAAAACUACAUUUUGCACAAAUUAAAUCAAGACACAAUUGAAUGUUUUUUUCCGGAUUAAUAUCAUAAUUUACAUUUUACUACAAUAGCAGCUCUGCUAGGUAGAUUAUUUCCAUUAUCCAUUGAUAAUUAAUCUGUAAUAAUAAUGAUCUGCGGGAUAUUUUUCUUGUGUGAAUGUCAGAAAAAAUAUGAAAAUUUGCCCCUAAAUAGUUCCCCAGAUCACAAAAUUAACAUCUUCUGAUUUGUUAUUUUAAUCCAACCAACAGUCCAAAAAAAUACCCAAAAAAGAUUCAGUUUAUUAUCUCAUACGACAAAGAAAAGCAGAAAAUUAUCAUGUUUGAGAAGCUGGAUUACAGUGAAUUUUGGGUGUUUUUCAUCAAAUUGUUGAUUCAUUUUCUGUUAAUUGUUUUAACUCUAAAUCAGCAUCAAGGACAGAAUUAACCUUCAAUCAAAUACACUGUAAAUACUGUAAAUAUGUUUAUAUUUUACUGUUGCAAGGUUUUGUCUCUGGUUCACUUGUUAGCACAUUGUUUUUUUGCACAAAGAUUAAAUUAAUUCAUAUAAUUUACAAUUAGCUACAACAGCAACUCUGCUAGGACGAUUUCCAUUAUCCGAUAAUCUGAUAUUUUCUUGUGUGAAUGUCAGAAUUUUCUUUUAAUUUGUAUAUUAUAUAUUACAUAAUAGUUUCCCAAAUCCCAACUUAAUGUUUUCUGAUUUGUCAUUUUAUCAAACCAACAGUCCAAAACCCCCAAAAAGAUUCAGUUUACUAUCACAUAUCACAAAGAAAAGCAGCAAAUAAUCAUACUUAAGAAGCUGGAGACGGUGAAUUUUGGGGUGUUUUUCUUGAAUUAUUAAUCAAUUAUCAAAAUUGUUGCUUCUCUUAAUCAUAUAUUUUUUUCACUCGUGAUAGAAUUAGCUCAGUAAAUAAAUACUGUAAAUAUCAGGUUGUUUUUUUAAAGCUUUACUGGUUAAGGAAACAGGUUUCUCGUAAACGGACAAUGGUUUGUUAUAACCCAUAAAAUUCUCUGGUACUUCCUCAUUAGAGUGACGAGACGAAGAGUGAACCAGGAGGAAGACUUCCUGUCACGUAGCCUGUGUGUUACUCACGCUCUAAAGAUUUUGAAAGACUUGUUAUCUUUAUUCUUAUUGAACCGUUUACUGUUUUUAAUCCCUUUUUCUUGUACCCAAACUCAUCUUGAAUAAAUGAAUAUAACAGUU